AUGCAUUUCUUCUCCUUCUCUCUCUUCCUCAUCGGCGCAGCGGCGCUUGGGAUCAAUUGUCGAGGCAGCGGUGUCUGCAAUUUCAACGAUGCCUCGUUGCAAGUUGUUCAUGACCAAGUGGGCGCUCUGAUCGCUGGCGGCGGCGGCGACAGGAGGUUCAACAGUGGUGGAUCUCAGGGCAGUAUCUGCGCAUUUUACCAGAACGGCGCUUCCGGCACGGCCAGGGACGCAUACGGUCAGCUUCAACAGCUUCUCGAUCACAAGUGCCGUGCGUGCGGCAGUGUUCCCACGCAGCCGGGCAACGACGUCUCCAAGGGCGAGCUAACUGUCAACUUUGUCUCGAAGGCGUGCUGUGGUGGGAGCUGCCAUUGUUAG